UUUUCGAUGUAACGCGCUCGCCUGAUAAAUCUGGUCUUUAAAAGACAUGCUGCUUCAGAAUUGGUUUUAUUAUUUUGCAGAGAGGGACUGACAUUGUGUUGUUCAUAAUACGUCAGCGCUUGAGACAUAAAUAAAUUACAUGUUAUUUGAUUAUACUUUUGAACAUUUGAAAUUCAGCUGUGAUACUACAAUAUAGUGUCACUGAAUUUUGUGGCAAGUACCGAACAUUGAACAUGCCGCUCAUCAAGAGGAAGCAAGCAUUAUCAAUUGCAUUGUUUUCACUGGUUACACUUCUGACAAUCACCUUAUCACUUGGCGAUGCUGGACAAGAGGACAAGGACAUAGUUAACCAAUGUGACUUGGAUGAUGGUGUUGCAAACAUUUGUAUGCAGUGCUCAAUGGUUCCAAUUCAAUUAGACAUCUCAUUGGACACCUGCUGUACCGACAAACACUCCUUUUUGUUCUGCGAUGCAUGUCUAAAUGACAGACAAGCGUGCGAGAAACUUCUCAGCGAAAUUCAAGAAGUAAGAGAAUUCACUGAAGACCAGUCAGAACCAGGGGAAGAGUAUUAUUAUGAUGAAGACGUUGAUGACAAAGAUCAAUCUGAUGUCGAUGAUAACGAUGCAAACAAAGAAAAUAUUAAUGUAUUUGAUGAAGUUGAUCCACAACUUGAUGUUAGUAAGAGAUUCGGACGGCUGUUUGUAAAAAGUCCUAAGCGUUUUGGAAGGGUCUUUUUUGGAAAAAGAAGUUGGGACGAUGAUUCUAAUGAGAUAAAUUAUGACAAAAGAUACGGUCGAGUUUUCUUUGGUAAAAAUCCAAAGUCUUAUUUCGGCAAGAGGUCUGAAUAUUCAGAUUCGCUACCUUACGACAACUUUGAUAAAAGGUUCGGUAGGAUUUUUAUGGGACAAAAAGGUCAUCGCCACAAUUACUUUGGAAAGAGAAAUUUUGAUAACCUUGCACUGGACAACAGCGUUCCGGAGAAACGCUUCGGCCAGAUAUUCAUGAACCGAGGUAAAUCCUUAUUUGGGAAGAGGAACAACGGAGACCAAAAUGAUUUAGAUAUGUUGGAUGAAGAGUAUGAAGGAAACGAGCAAAAUGAGUAUCCAGAAAAACGAUAUGGAAGAGUCUAUCUCGGAGGUGGAAAGUUCUUGCUAGGGAAAAGAGGCGCACCGUAUCCUUAUAAUUCAAUUGGAUAUGAACAUGAGUUAUCACCUCUUGAUGGCGAAAAUAACGACUUGAACAUGGACAAACGUUUUGGAAGGAUUUAUAUGAACCGAAUGAAUUUAUUUCAAAGGAGGCCUUCGCACAAACGGUACGGUCGUCUUUUCACUGGUUAGAGAGACUACAAAAUGAUUCGCUUCGAAUGUGAUUUAAGUAACUUAGUUUUUGUCCUACAUUGAAGUUAUAUCUGUGCAAAUAUAUUUGUACUAUUCUUUCUACGUAUGCCUGUCAUUUUCCUUACGUAAUCAUUUAGUUUACUUGUCAAAUGUUUUAAAGUAUACACUCGUUCACAAAACAUGAAUACUCUAUUUUAAGAUCUAACUUUCAUGAUAAUACUGAAAUAGCUAUAUUGUCUGCCAUUUUAAACUGUUUCAAACAGAACUGUGGUUACAUCUUGCAGAAUGUUAAUUACGAACUUAUAUACUUUUUUAUCAGUCCUAUAAUAAAAUACUCAAUGUUUAUGUUUUUUUGUAUAAUUCAUUGUACUCGUAUGUUUCAUUAUAUGCAAUUUUCUAUGUACACGGUAUUAUUUCAUUUAAAUGUUUGACAAUAUUCUGUUUGAGGUGAAUACAUUCUUUUAUUCAUAAUAUUAAUAUUUGUGACCAACCAUUGCUCUGUAUUAUAGUUUUAUUAAAAGAAGUAAUCAACAAAUGCUAUUCAUUGUACUAUAAACAAACGUAUAUUGCAUUAUCUUGCCUCCAACUUGUAUCUUUAGAGAAGGUAAAGUGUUUUAUAAAUGAAGGACAAAGUUUCAAUCCAGCGGAAGAGACACUUUAAAAUAAAAAGGUUCCAAGUGGUACAUAAUUUAGCAUCUCCAUUCAAUUACGUUCUAUGUUCAUGUAGCGCCACAUGUUUGUAAAAUUAGUAUUCUCAGUUUUAGUAUAUUUUGAUAUGACAGUACUCAUCUACAGAGUCCACAUUACAUUUGA